ACACCGCAAGAAAUAACACACGUUUGCGACGCACGUUUUCUGUUUCGUCUCGUUGAUUUGCAGCAUUUUUUAGGUGCAGGAUGGGUGAUAAAAUCAAACUGUUCAAUGAAUCGGACCAGGAAGAGCAGGAAGAUGUUGAAUUUCGUACCAACAAAAGCUACGCCAAGCAUUACGAUGAGUUUCGCAAGAAGGAAAUACUUGGACACCUGAAAAACUUGCAGGAAGAAAUAGGAUCAUCCGAUUCUAGCGAUGACGACACGACCGACGACGAGAUUGUGGAUCCAGAGUUUGAUAAAGAGUUCUUCCGAACGCUUGCCUUCCUGAAGCGAAAGGAUAAGGACAAGUACAAAGAGCAGCAGACGUUCUUCCAAAAUGUGAAACCGGUCGAGGAGGUGGCUCUCAUCAAGCGCCACCACAAGGAAAAGCCAAUGACCCUGAAGGACUACGAGCGAAAGGUAAUGCUGGAAAAGGGUGGCGUGUUUGAGGACGAGGAAGAUCUCGGCGAGCCACUGGCACGGUCCGCCUCCCCGACGAUGGUAGAAGAGGAGAAGAAAAUUAAGGAUGAAAUUAAGCAAGCACUCAGCAAAAUUGGUGACGACGACAGCGAGGAGGAUGAAGAGAAGAAAGGCAAGAGUGGAGGGCUGCUAAAGGCACGGAAGAAAACUGCCGCCGAAACGGAAAAAGAGCAAUCGGACUACAUACAAUGGUUGGCGGACAAGAAGGCAAAAAAACCGCCAAGCGAGGAAGCGAAGGUGCUGGAACCAUUGAAACAGUUCUGGAACAAUGAAAAGCUUUCGAAAGAGGAUGCCUUCCUGAAGGACUACAUUCUCAACAAGCGGUUCGUGCAGAGCAGCGGCGAAGUGCCCACGUACGAUGAAAUAGUGGCCACAUCGGAAGAUGAGGAGGAGCUCGAUAAGCAGGAAGAUUACGAGCGGCAGUACAACUUCCGCUUCGAAGAGCCGGAUACAGAUUACAUCAAGCAGUUCCCGCGCACGGUGGAGGAUUCGGUGCGCGUAGAGCGCAACAAGCGCAAGGAGCAGCGGCAGGAGUUGAAGGAGCGCAAGCAGAAGGAAAAGGAGCAGCAGCGGCGUGAGCUGGAGGAACUGAAGGCGAUCAAGUUGACGGAGAUUCGGGAGAAAAUUCAACGGCUGAAGGAAAUCGCGGCAACGGAAAAGCUGGCCAUGGAUGUGGACGAUCUCGAGUCGGAGUUUGAUCCGGACGAGCACGAUCGGCGCAUGAAGGCGAUGUUUGACGAUGAGUACUACGGGGUGGAUGAGGGUGAUCAGAAGCCCGAAUUUCCCGAUCUGGACCAAGAGCUCGGUAUCGAAAACUACGACGUAGAGCGUUUGAAGGAUGAUGAUGAGGAGGGCGCGGAACCGCACUGCGAGGAUGACGAUUUCGUGAUGGAUUGUGACUACGAGGAGAAGGUACAAAAUGCGAAGGAAGCGCACCAGCAAGAGUUGCUAGAGUCUACCAAGGGAAGGAAGAAGGGCCGUCGGCAGUCCAAGUUCCGGGAGGUUUUGAAGGCGGAAAAGCCAUUGUUCGAUCCGGAGGAUGAGAAAACGUACGGCGAGUACAUCGACGAGUACUACAAGCUGGAUUACGAGGACAUGAUCGGCGAUAUACCGUGCCGGUUUAAGUAUGUGGAAACGGUUCCGAACGAUUUCGGGCUGAGCAUAGAGGAGAUUUUGAUGGCCAACACGAGCGAGCUGAACAAGUGGGCUAGUGUGAAGAAAACGGUUCAGCUGCGUCCGAAGAAUGUGGAACUGAACGAGAUACAGCUGUACCGAAAGAAAGCGGCCAGUGAGGCGGCCAAGCGGAGAGUUUUGCCCAGUCUGUUUAAAACUGAGGAGGAAGAAGAAGCUGAAGAUGAGGAAAUCCAGCAGCGCAAGAAACAAACGCUUACGCCUGAAUCGAAAGAGAAAAAUGAUACUAAAAACAGUUCAGAUAAGGGAGAAAAGCCCAAAAAGAAAGUGAAAAAGCAAAAGAUGCUGGAGGACGAAAGCAACACUUUGACGAAAGAGGAAAAGGACACUAAAACCAACAUCCAACAGCAGGAAACCACUCCUGCGAAGAAAAAGAAGAAGAAGAACAAACAAGGCAAUAAAGAUGAGUCCGCACAAGAAGAAAACACAACGAUUACUGCUAGCAGCAGUAAAGAAGUUAAAGCGGAAGAAAAGCCUCCUAAAAAGCCGCAAAGCAAUGGAACUGUUGGAGAGCAAAAGAAGCAACAAAACCCCAACAAUCAUCAGGAAAAACGGAAAUGGAAAGACGUGGAGGAGAGCAGUAACAAGCCAAAUGGACAGUGGAGCAAUUCGAAGAAGCCCCGCUUUGAGCGAAAAGGACCUCAGAAUGGUUUUGGCCAUCAGAGAGGUGGCCGAGGAGGAGGAGGAGGUGGUGGUGGUGGUCACAAGAAGAACACAUUUGGCUCUGGGCAUCCAAAGAAGGAAGAAUCCGCUGCCGAUCAGCGUUUGCGGGCGUUCGGUUUGAAUCCUACCAAGUUCCGCAAUAAGAAAGUUUACGGCAAGCGAGAGCAUCAGAAUAAUAACGGCACAAAGUCCGGAUUUAAACAAACGUCGUGGAAUAAGAAAUAAAAGUGAAAACGAUUGUACUGCCAUUGUAGAAAGAGAAAACGUUUGAAAUAAAACACACCGGUUUCCCUGUA